UUUGAAUGUUCUCAUGUAGUCACUUGUCGAUACCUUCUACACAACACCAUAUACUGCACAUCCCUCUCUCUCUCCCCAUCUUCCCCCGAAAAAAAAAAAGAAACACAAAAGCUCCCUGAAUCAAUUCCCUCUCCGAAACCCAAAAUAAUAAUCCCCAGCAAUGCUACAAACCCCUUUCCAACCCCAACCAUGAGUAACUUCUACUUCGGCUCCUCUUCCUCCCCCUCAGUAACCCAAGAAGACCCAGCCUCCCCAACAUCAAGCACCUCAGACCUCGACACGCUCCCGUACCCGGAGCCCCUCCCGCGGUCCGCCUUCCUGGCCCCCGACUUCACACCGACAUCGUACCUUUCCACGCUGCACAACCGGCACCAAACGCUCGAAGACCUGCGCUCCGAGCUGCGCGCGCGCUCGCAGCUGCUCUCGCGCGAACUGCUCGAUCUCGUGAAUGGGAAUUAUCAGGAUUUCUUGGGGUUGGGACGGAGUCUGCAGGGUGGGGAUGAGAAGGUGGAGGAGGUGAGGGUGGGGUUGUUGGGGUUGAGGAAGGAGGUUGAGGGGUGUAGGGACGUUGUUGGGAGGAGGGAGGGCGAGGUUGGGGAGUUGGUUGAGGAGAAGGUCGGGGUUAGGAGGGGGAUUGUGUUGGGGAGACGGUUGGUGGAGUUUGAUGCGAGGCUGAAGGCGCUCGAGGAGGAGUUGUUGGUUGAUGGAGGUGCGGUGGGGAAGAAUGGGGAGGUUGAGGGGAGUGGUGAUGAGGAUUCUUCAGAGGAAGAUGAGGAUGAGGAUAGUGAGGGGGAGGGGGACACGUUUGGGGUGUCGAUUGCGAGGUUGAGGAGGCACUCUUUGCAGUUUCGGAUUGUGCUGCAGUUGGAGAAGAGCAUGGCUGAUCAUCCGUUUGUCGAGGCUCAAGCGCCGCGCUUGAUCAAGGUUAGGAAUACGCUUCUCCUGGAUUUGAGCUCGGCGUUGCAACAGGCGAAGAAUGCGGGUGUUUCGGGCCAAGGUCGUGUGGUGAAGAUUAUGAACAUCUACGCGGAUAUGGACGAGUCUGUCGAAGCAAUCAAGGUGCUCAAGUCACUCAAGACAUGA